AUGUACCACAGCAGCUGCUGUACUGCACCUGGGAGGCCCUCAGUCUGUGACAUCACCAGAUCACGCACCGAGCGGGCAGAGCAGCAUCCGAGCCCGGGUACAACCUCCAUCCACCUCCCGCUACCUCCGUCCAUCCUCCAGGACCAGCGCCUGGAGCCUCCCCGCACACGGAACAUGGGCUGCAGCCAGAGUAAAAAGAAAAGCAAAGGCAAGAAGAGCGACAAGAGGCCCAGUGCCGAGCGAGACCCAUGCUGUGGCUCAGACCUGUGUCUGGAGAAGCAGCUGGAGAGGUUUGAGUGGCAGCUCCGCACUCUGAAGGAAGUGCUGUCGGCCAAUGGGAACGCGUCCAGGGCAGAGCUACUGAAAGGACACGCCCAUGAGGAGGUGUGCGCCCUGGUCACCGGCAUCUUGGACAAGGUGAAGACUGAAACCACAGCGGAUUUGAAUGUAGUGUUUGAACAAAAAAGAAAAGCUGCUUCAGAAGACCAUGAUCGACAAAUAAAAGAGCUCCAAACGUCUCAUGAACAAGAAGUGAAGCAGCUGAGGGAGAGGUUUGCAGCCGCUGAGGGCCUCCUGAAGGCUCAGGUGGAGAAGCUGACGUCGGAGCUGCAGACUUACAACGCUCUCAAGAGGAGAGUGCAGGAGUCCACGCUGAAGAGGGACCUCAAGAGGAACGUCCAGACCCACGGCAGCCCUGGAGAAUUCUGGGAGUCUGAGCAGGAGUCUCUGCUGUUUGUGAUCGAGAUGAAGGCGGAGCAGGUGGAGGAGGGCAAGAGGAGGCUGCAGCAGAUGAACCAGCUGACUCAGAAGAACCUGUGUCUGGAGGAGCAGCUGGGGCAGGUGCUGCAGCAGAACGAGGACCUCCGAGUGCGCUUCGACAACUGCCAGAGUGUCAUUCAGCAGUUGUCGGCGGAGCAGCAGGAGUUGAAGCUGGCCCUGGACAGACAGCAGAGCCUGAACCAGCACCUCUCCCAACAGAAAGAGGAGCUCGUCUUCAAGAUCCGCCACAGAGACUCCUAUCCCAGCAUGCACCUGGCCACCAUGCUGCCGGAGAUCGCCCCCCGAGGGGCGGAGCUGUCUCAGGUAUCCACUCAGAGGCGCUCUCCACCCGGGCUCAGACAGCAGCACGCACCGCUCCAGAGCACCGGCCCUGAGCACACACAGCAGCCCGCGGACAGAGCCCCUCUCCCGGCCACGGACCCCACGAAACUCCGCUGCAGAGAUCCAGAGGCCCGGGGUGUGAGGCUUUGA